AGAAUAGCCAUCUGUAUUGUUAUUCAUUCUCAUUGUUAUUAUAAGAGUCUUCCGUCAUGAUAUGGUUGAAAUUAAAUUAUUCGUCUUCAAUGCCAAAGAUUGUGAAUAGUUAUAGAGAGCAGUUGCAAUGAAUAAGAUUUUGAAGUGAAUCAAAUUCAGUGUUUAUUAAUAAAUAUUAUUAUUCAUUAAACAGUAUUCAAUAUGUGUAAUGUUAUUGUGGACUCCUCUAGAUAACAUUGCUAAAAAUAAUUAAUCAAUGACAGAAGUAAUAAAAAGAAUUCGCAAAAAAUUUUUAUUUCAAGAGUAAUAUAAACAUUCUGUCGCUAUCAGUCAGAAAAAACAGCAUGUAUUGUCUACAGUGGUUGCUACCAGUUUUACUGAUACCAAAACCAGUAAACCCGGCAUUACUACAAACACAUGUUAUGUUUAUGAUACUUUACCUCAUCGGAUUCUUUCUAGAAAGACGACCAUGCAUCAUUUGCAGUCUAGUAUUUUUUAUUGCAGUCUCCUUAAUUUGCUAUAGUGGUUUAGGAAACUGUUUAUUUUGGAGUACUAACUGCGACUUGGUGAAAUGUGAUAGUGAUUGACAAGUACAGUUGGCGAAUAAUAUUUCUGAACUUAAUUAAGAAGAAUGAACAUUAUAUUAAGUUCGAAGGACGAUGACAUGUAAAAGCUUACGUUACACUUGCUGCAAUAUGUACAUAAAUUAAAUGUUAACGUAAUGAAUAUCAUAGACGAAGAAUGAAUCAUGAAUAACUUAAAUGUGUGGAAUUUUGAGUGAUGCAGGCAAGCCAAAAGUAGCUUUCAUUGUAAAUAUUUCAUAUGUAGUACAAUUGAAUCCUAGAAUCAUCAUUAAUGAAUUCAUGACUUAUGAACGUCAAAAUUGUAAUGGCUUAUUUGUUCAUUGAUCCGCUAAUUGAUAAAUUGAUCCAUCCAAUGCAAUGAUUGUAUGCUUCCUGAACCAAAAUCUACACGAUUGAUUAUGUAUUAAUUUCUCAAGAUAUCAUUUAAACUAAAAAUUAAUCAUCACUCAAUCGAUUGAUAAAGUUAUUUUUCAUUCUUAUGUAAAUAAUUUGACUUAUGUAUAAUAUACUGCCCUUAUUUCAUUUAUCAAGUUUAUACUUAUGAUAUGUAUCUUUUGAAGCUAAAUAAGUAUGAUGAAAAUAUAGUUACAAAUACACUGUUACAGCGGAUUUUGUAUGGUAUUAGAAUUAAAUGUAGUAUUUGAAGGAAUUGAUGUAAAUAUUCUAAUUAUGCAAAGAAAAUAAGAAAAGAUUCAAUCGCUUUGAUAAUAUACUUGCUUCAUCUUGCAGUAUAUUCAUUGUAUUCAGGAACUGUAAUCAUAUGUACAAAAAUGGAAAUUGUAAAGUUAAAAUUUUUAGAUGCCGUUUAUAAUAAUUGCUGUGAAAAUCAGAACAGACUUCAACAACAAUAAUAUAAUGGAUAGUUAUUAUAAGAAAUAAAAAUAUUUUUUUAACAAUUU